UACGUACCGCCCAACCGCUAAAGAAUGCAAACAGAUUCCAGCCAUAUUGAAGAGGGCACCUAAUACAUUUAACUGGAAGCAAGAAGUCGGAAAGAAUUCGCCCGUUUCCUGGACAACGAAAUGCUAAACAGCCGAAAGAAGGAAUGCAACUAGCUUAACUUCGGAAAGUUCACAGCAAGUUCACAGAUAAAACUCGUUUUAGUUACGGGUUUUCGUGUAGUCAAGUGGAAAAGAAGUUAGGAGACCUGGGACAUACAAAAAAAACUGCAAACAUGAGUCGUCACGGGAUGGCGAGGUACCACCAUUUACUGCAGGUGGAAAAUAACAGGAAAGAUGAGGUCAAGCGGCUAUACCGGGAAAAGGGGCUGAAGGCCGGUUUGAAUGUGGAGGAGACCGUCGACAGGAGGAGGCACAUACGGCAAAUGCAACAGCAGCUCAAGGAGCGGCAGAUAGAGGAGGCUCUAAUCAAGGCCGAGGAGGAAAGAAUAAACAGGGAAAAACAGCGGGAUCAGGAGGAGAGAAUAUCUAAAGAGUUGGCCCGCAUCGCCCACGAGAAGCAAAAAGAUGAGAAAAUGAGGCAGCAGGUUAGAGCAAACAGCCUGGAGAUCAGGGAGCUGGAGUCCAAGCUGCUGGCUGCGUAUGUGAGCAAGGAGAGAGAUGCUCAGCUGGCUGAGCGGGAAGCGAUGAGACGUCAGAACGCUCUGGUUCAGGCAGAGUUGGCUGAAGCAAUGAAGAAAGAACGUGAAGAAGCAGCCGCUGAGCUCCAGAAGCAGGAGGAGAAACACCAUCAGGAGAUGGCUCAGCACAAGAAAGAGCUGGAUGGGCAGGUCAUGGAGAGGGAGAUCAAGAAACAGGAGGCCUACGAGCAGUUCCUCAAGGAGAAGCUCAUGGUGGACGAGAUCAUCAGGAAAAUAUACGAGGAGGAUCAGAUGGAGAGACAGCUAAAGCUGGAGAAGGUCCAAGCCACCAAGCAGGAAAUUGAGGAGUUCAAACAGGAGCAGGCAAAAUGGAAGCGCCUGGAGAAGGAGAAGAUCGAGGCGGAAAACAGACGCAUCAUGGAGUUCAAGAAGCAGCAGCAGGAUGCGGAAGAGUCCAGAAAGAUUCGGAUGAAAGAACGGGAAGAAGCAAAGCAACAGAUCCAGAAAAUGAUGUGUGAGAAGAUGGAAAAGGACAAGAAGCAGCGUGAAGACUUCGAAAGCGUCCGUCAGGAGCUUUACUUGGCCGAACAAGAGGAGGCAGAGAGAAAGAAAGACAUUGAAGCGAUGGAAAAGAGGAUCAGGCAGAAGCUGAUGAUACAGCAGAGCUUCCAGGAGCACAAGGCCUUCAGAGAGAUACAGAAGCAGCGUCAGAAAAAGGAGGACCAGGCCUUCAGGGAGACCAUGAUGGCCAAGUUCGCUGAGGACGAUCGGAUCGAGCAGAUGAACGCCCGGAAGCGGCGCAUGAAGCAGCUGGAGCACAGACACGAGGUGGAGAGGCUGAUAGAGGACAAGAGACGACAGCGGGAGGCUGAAGAGGAACUGGAAGCUAGAGCCAGAGCAGCUGAGCAGCAAGAAGAGGCGGCGAUUAAACGGCUCAUAGAAGAAGAAAGGCUGAAGCUCCUGAAGCAACAUGCACUAAAACUCAUUGGAAACUUUCCCAAGGACUUUCUCCGUAAAGAUGACCUCGAACACUUCGACGAAGACUUCAGGAGGAAUUUUGAAACUCGUCUUGCUGAUGAACCUUUGAUGACAGGCUGAGGAGUUUCUCCUUCGCUUGGCCACUAGGGGGCGGUUUGAUGCUGCUGUAAAUGUGUUGUAGAUUGUUUUUUUUAUUUCUCUGCACAAAACACAUGUUUGUUCAAAUUGUUUAGAAGCUUACUUAUUAAAAUGUGCUUGCAGCAUUGUCUUUAAUUAAUUUCAUUUUGAUUUAUGAACUUACUGAACAUUUAUAGAUCUAUUUUGUUUUCAAACUUCAUCAAAUUGUCAAACUACAGAUUUUUUCCACACAGAUGAACUCCUUAAAUUAAACUACGUUAGCCUUUACUAGUUGAUAACGUCAACUAGUAAAGGCUUCUUUACUAGUUGCUUCUUCAAACCCUCAUUUUAUUUUCAGAAAGUCUUUUCAUCAGUCUAUACAUGAAGUUUUGGUUGUUGAUUUAUAAAAUAAUUGUGAAUUUAAGACCUGCAUCUAAUCUCUUGUAAUGCAAAUCAAAUGAGGUUUAUGCAUUAUUUCGUGCUCUGGCAUCAUAAAAUGGGAGUUUGGCUUGUUAACACUUCACCAAAACAAUAUAAAAAUAUUCAUAGAAGAGUGACGAUAGUUUGUAUUUACUGUACUAAGUCAAUAUUUUGAUGGUAAGUUUGUGCCAGCUUUAUGCAUCCAUGUGUUCGUUUUGGCAGCUCAACAUGAUUGCAGUGGAUUUUAUUUGAAGGGAAUUGAAGAAACGAUUUAACUCUAGAACCAUUUAUGAUGUGAAUUGUUUUUCAACUUCACAUUUAUGCUCCACUUUGAAUUUGUUCACCACAAAACAUUAAAGUUUGUAGUUGUGACGUGACAUGGAGCAUGAAUACAUUUACAAGGCGCUGUGUGUGUUAGUAGGGCUGGACAUUCAUCACAGCAGUUAAAGCUUUAAGAAUUUUGAUUUAUUGUUAUUACUUUCAGUUAUUGAUGAAAAAUAAAAAAACUGGAAUUAUAU